GCGUCGGGCACCCGGCACGACGCCCCGGCAGCUCUGCCACCUGAGACAUUGUGUCACAGCUCGGCGUACAAUUGGGAGCGCGUGUGUCAGCUCGGCAGAGGAUGUAUCUAGGCCACCGAUUCCCAGCUGUCGUGUCGAGUAUAGGACAGGGACAGACCAGGGGGCGGUACCCCGGCGCCCCGGCUCGGACCCGCGCCAAACAGAAAUAGCCGGGGCGACGGGCGACUGGGCGAUAGUCGGCGCCGACGAACGACGGCCGGGUGUCGGGCCGAGCUGACCGCCGAGGUCGGGUCACACCGGGGGUCGCCGAGGGUCGCCGGUGUGCGCUGGUGUCGUGGUGGUGUGAGGUGUGCGGACGGCCGCACAAGACUGAGAGGCCCGUGAGAGGGCCGCGAGUCGUGCUCCGAGGCCGAACUCGACGUGGCCCGUGGUCUGAGUCAUUCGGAGCCAGUCGGUCACGGUGGUACACCGGGCAAAGCGCCAUUUGAAUGAGAAAACCCUCCCUUUCUAUCCGGUUUUCCCAGUCGACUGCCGGGACCUUGACCAUCCCAGUUGUCUGCCGCGGUCGACGGGGAGGUCUUGCCGAGCCCAAAUCCUGUUUGGCCUAGCAAUCCGUCACCUCUCUAAGCCACACAAUCUUGCAUUUGAAUGUUUUGAUCAUAUCCCUUACCGUCUUUAUCUUAUUUUCAGCCUGAUAAGGCUUUCCUCAUCCUCAUUCAUAAUUUCCUCUUUCCCAAUCACUUUAAUUUAUUCUUGCUUUUCUUAGCUCUUUGUCUCUUCUUUCCUCCCUUCCAGCUCCUGUCUCUCCCAUCUCUCUCCCCCCCCUGCACCUUUGCUGAUCCACCGCUGCACCCCUGCACCAUUCACCCUCCCACCAUGUGGCUGUGUCUGGGGGUAUGGGUGGCCGCCGUCUCGUGUCGUGCGCUCCUCGAUUGGCCGACGGGGGCUCUGCUCUGCGUACUGCUGGCUGCAGCCGUGCUGCUCCUCCGUCGUAAGAGCGCGCCACCGGCGGAGGAGGCUGCUCCGGGCUCGCAGGGGACUGCGGGGACCGAGCAGCCGCCGCCGGGAUCCCUUUGGUGUCCGCUGGGUCCUCUCGGGACCCUGGGCUCCGACCUGAGCGCCCGGCUGGCCGGAGGGCUGGCCAAGCUCGACCUGACCGCGCUCGGACGGCCCAAGAUGCCGCUCAAAGGAGUGCGGGCCCAGCUGGGCUGGUGCCGGUGUCUCAAGAAGGACGAACCUCCAGAGAUCACCUACUGUGUCAGCAAGACGGGUGACGCGCUGAACCUGCAGAUGCUGACGCCGACUCAGCCCAUGCCGAGAGCCGAGGAGGUGGAGGCCAAAUUCCUGGAAGUCCUGGAGGAGCUUGAUCUCACCGCGGCGAACCGGUCAGCAAUGCUGGAACUGCCGCUCGAGAAAAAGUGGCAGCUCUACUGCAGCCGAAAGAAAAAGGAUGACACGGACAAUGGAAAUGGCCACAGCUACCUGGCCCGGCUGCCCGACUACUACAUCGACAAAAUCACCUCCCUCACCGGGCUGUCCUUCCCUCACAAGAGUGAGGAGGAAGUCACCAAGCGGACCAAGCAGCUGGAGUCUCUGCGCACGGCGCUGCGCACGCAGCCCAACUCAUUCGUCAUCAAGUUCCUGGAGUUGGAGGGCCUGGAGGCAUGUCAGAAGUUCCUCAACUCGAUGGAUCACAGCACAGCCGAGAGCAGCAUUCACAGCAGCCUGAUCGGCUGCGUCAAGGCGCUCAUGAAUAACACGAACGGGCGUUCGCACGUGCUGGUGCACCCGGAGGGCCUGAAUGUCAUCUCCCAGAGCCUGUCGUGUGAGAACGUCAAGACCAAGGUAUCGGUGCUGGAGAUUCUGGGCGCCGUGUGUCUGGUUCCCGGAGGCCACCGGAAGGUCCUCGACUCGAUGGCCUACUACCAGAAGUACGCCGGCGAGAGGACCCGGUUUCAGCGCAUCGUGAACGACCUGGACCGGUCGACGGGUACGUACGCCGACGACGUCAGUCUCAAGACGGCCAUCAUGUCCUUCGUCAACGCCGUGCUCAGCUACGGCGCCGGCAAGGAGAGCCUCGAGUUCAGACUCCACCUGCGAUACGAGUUCCUGAUGCUGGGCGUGCAGCCAGUCAUCGAUAAGCUGCGCAAACUCGAGAACGAAACGCUGGACAGGCAUCUGGACUUUUUCGAGCUCGUUCGUACGGACGACGAGCGGGAACUGGCCAAACGGUACGAGGAGAUUCACGUGGACACCAAGUCGGCGUCAGCCAUGUUCGAGCUCCUCAGGACCAAGCUGAACAACACAGCGGCCUAUCCUCACCUGCUGUCUCUGCUACAACACUGCCUCCUGCUGCCUCUGGACUAUGGGUCGUAUCCUCAGCACUGGCUCCUGUUCGACCGCAUCUGUCAGCAGCUGAUCCUCCAAUCAGAGAACGGAGAGGACUGCGACCUGCGGCCGACCGACAUCAACGUCAACAACCUCGUACAGAUGCUUGCCAAGGAGGAGGAGCUGAGAGGUGCGCUCACCAAGGCCGAGGACCUGGAGAAGGAGAACCUCGACCUGAUGACUAAGCUCAGCGAAAAGGAGCAGGAGUGUGACAUCAGGACUCAGGAGCGUGACGACCUCAGCACCAGUCUCAGUCGUCUCCAGGAGAAGUUUGAGACCGAGUCCAUGGGUCACCUACAGGCUAUCCAGCGGCUUCAGGAGCUGCAGUACAGCUCGGGACGCAGUCUGAAGGAGGCCGCUAUCACAGAUGAGGCCAAGAUCAGCACCCUACCAUCACGCACCUCUGCCGGCGCCGGACCGCCGCCGCCGCCUCCGCCCCCGCCCCCGCCCCCGCCGCCCGGCGGAGUGCCGCCCCCACCACCACCCCUCCUCAACGGGCACGCUCCUCCGGUGAAGCAGAAGAAGGUGCCGAAGGCUGGCAACCCGCUCAAGAGCUUUAACUGGUCCAAGCUGCCGGCCCACCGUAUUGGCGGAACGAUCUGGAACGACCUAGACGAGGAGCGUCUGUACAGCUGCAUUGACCUGGCGGACGUGGACAGGACAUUCUCGGCCUAUCAGCGGCAGAACGGCCUGCUGGACAGCUCGCUGGACGACCUGACGAAUGCCGGCACGUUGACCCGCUCACGGAACAAGGUCAUCAGCGUUGUGGAUGCCCGGAGGGCGCAGAACUGUACCAUACUGCUCUCAAAGCUGAAACUCUCCGACAAGGAGAUCAAAUCGGCCCUUAUGUCGAUGGACACCAAGGAUCAGCUGCCGCCGGACAUGGUGGAGCAGCUCCUCAAGUUCACGCCGUCGGCCGAGGAGAAGGCCUUGCUGGAGGAGCACAGUGACGAGCUCAAGAGUCUCGCGCGCGCUGAUCGCUUCCUCUACGAGAUCUCGCAAAUCACCCACUACGAGGCGCGACUGAAGUCGCUCUUCUACAAGAAGCGUUUUGCCGAGCGGCUGGCAGAGCUGCGGCCACGUAUCGCGGCCGUGGUCGAAGCUUCGAAAGAGCUGCAGCGUAGCCGACGGCUCAAGAAGCUUCUGGAACUGGUGUUGGCGUUCGGAAACUACAUGAACCGCGGCCAGCGUGGCAACGCGCAGGGCUUCCGACUGGAGAGUCUGCGCAGGAUCGGCGACACCAAGUCGAGCACGAGGAAACACAUCACGCUGCUGCACUACAUCGUGGAGCUGCUGGAGACCAAGUUCCCCGACGUGCUGAGGCUUGGCGAGGACUUGGGAAGCGUUCGAGAUGCUGCCAAAGUCAGCAUGUCGGAACUGCAGAAAGACAUGGCGCUGAUCCGGACCGGCCUGAAGGACAUCCAGAAGGAGCUGGACUUCCAGCGCAGUCGUCCGGCCGACUCCAGUGACCUGUUCGUGCCGACGAUGAAGGAGUUCGCCGCCAAGGCCACCUACAAGUGCCGCCAGCUGGAGGAUGAGUUCUCAGAUAUGCGGGCCAGGUUUGAGAAGGUGGUGCAGUUCUUCGGUGAAGAGCCGAACACCACCAACCCUGACGAGUUCUUCGGCAUCUUCGACGCCUUCCUCACCUCGUUUGCCGCGGCGACCGAGGACAACAUCAACGUCCGAAAGAAGAGGGAGGAGGAAGAGAAGAGGCUCCGACAUGAACAGGAGCUGAAGCAGAUGACGCUACAAAGGCGCGGUAACCGGGAGUCGCAGCUGCGGCGCGACGGCGACAGUGACGCCAAGCAGGACCAGAACCGCGAGUUCGACGACCUCAUCUCGGCGCUGCGCACCGGUGAGGUGUUCUCAGAGAGCUUCCGCUGCGCUAAGCGCAAAAAGAAGAGCCCGCCCAGUCUGGCGCGCCGCGAGAGUCGCUACGAGGAGAGUCGCGAGCGCGCCAUUCGCAUUGUGUAGCGCGCGAAACCGGGCCGUGCGCGGCGUGCUCCGCUCUAGUCUGCUGGUGCUUCGUUUCUUUGUGUGGUUCGGGAGGCCGCCGCCAGGGGCGCUGCGGUGUCCGGCGGCUGUGUGUGACAGGGGUGGGGUUCGGGAGGGAGGGAGGGAGGCCGGAUGGGGUGCGUUCUGCCGACCAGGGACUGGACCUGACUCUGGCGGGGACGGUGCAGCCGGAGCUGCCUGUGGCCAUCGAACGCCCCUGACGGGGAUGGCAGGGACGCGGGCCCUCUGGGGCCGGCCGAUGAUGAGGCCUGUGGAUCGGAUAACGCUGCCAGGUGCUGUAGCUGUUGUGAUGUUCGUGAUGUUCAUUCAUGCAACGAAUACAUAUGCAUGUGUAUGUGUGCGGAGUGCAUGUGCUUACGCGCAUGCGCUCUCAUUCAAUAGAAGCUGAUGCGUUGUUUUGCCUCGUCAGGAAGCUCAUCUAUCUUAUUGGUAUGCCCUUUUGUAAUUUUAUGUGACCUGUUUACAUAUUUCUAGUGUCGCUCUGAAUACAAACCUCAUAGGUUCA